CACAUCAUAUGCGUCGGUGUCAUCUCCAAAUGAAUAAUAGAAUUUGACUUGUUUGAUGCCGUUUUCCUAAUAUUGCCCGGAACUAAAAGCGAUAUGUCGAACAAAAUUCAAGUCUCGCUUCCGGAGGAGGAACUGGAUUGGAUACAAUUACGCCAGGAUCUGGGACCCGUUGCCGAGGUUGAAACCACUAAGGAGAAGCUGCAGCGCAAGAUCAAGGAGAAUCCGCUGGUUCCGUUGGGAUGUUUGGCCACGACGGCGGCGCUCACAGCUGGCUUAUACAAUUUUCGCACUGGCAAUCGGAAGAUGUCGCAGCUGAUGAUGCGAACUCGUAUUGCCGCUCAGGGAUUUACCGUUAUGGCCCUAGUUGUCGGCGUUGUCAUGACAUACACUGAUAAAAAAUAACUAUAACGAUAUUAUUAUGAUCCUAAAUAUAUAGGCUGAAUUUUAAUUCAGUUGUAUUCUGUUUUUUUUUUGAGUCCCAUGUUACAAAAAGCUACCACCUACGACCGCAAACUUAUAUAAAUGUUUAAAUAUACGUUAACUUGUAUAUAGAUAGUAUCUAAAAGAUACCUAUAAAAGAUAA